GUUGACUGUCCAAAAACAAACCAACAAAGUGGCAACAAUUGAAGUUUACUCGACUCUCUCUUUGCUUUCUCCGCAAAAAUUAACAAGCACUUUUAUCCAAACACCGUCUUCUCUCUGCUCCUUAACACAGUCGCACUCACUGCUACUCUUUCUUCUCUUCUCUCUAUUAUCCGAAAAAAAAAAAAACGAAACUUUCCCUCUUAGUCUUUUGUUCAUCGUGCCCACUAGUGUAGUUUAGUCUCCAAAUUACCCAUCAGUUCUCCUUGUAUCUCUUUGCCACCCAUCAAUUUUAUAGCCAACAAACAGUCCUCUGCUGUUUUGGGUACCAUCAAAAUUGGUGCUUUUGUCUGAUCAAAUAGAAAGGAAAACAGCAAAUAGAAAGGAAACAACAAAAAUAUCACUUUUUUUCUCAGGGUGUUGUGAUAUAGUUGAUUUGAAGUGAAUAAAUGGCUCUUCAUUCUACUGCCUUUUGCUUAAGUAGUGCGAGUCCAUAUUCUCCUCAUAAGCUCACUUUUAGAUAUGGGAAUGUUAGAGCCUCCGGUUUCACUUGUCCUCCUCUUGUCUCUAUUACUCCAUUGAGUUUUCGAGGUAAAGCAUUGUCUAGUGAUGGGCUAUCCGAAACAAAAGAUUCCUCUCUGGUGGUCUGUUUUGGUGAAAUGCUAAUUGAUUUUGUCCCGACUGUUAAUGGCCUCUCAUUGGCUGAUGCACCUGCAUUUAAAAAGGCUCCAGGAGGUGCACCUGCAAAUGUUGCAGUUGGUAUUGCUCGUCUUGGUGGCUCCUCAGCUUUCAUCGGGAAGGUUGGUGAAGAUGAAUUUGGAUAUAUGCUUGCCGAUAUUUUGAAGGAGAAUAAUGUGAACAAUCAAGGAAUGCGUUUUGAUCCUGGGGCACGAACUGCUUUAGCAUUUGUUACAUUGAAGAGUGAUGGAGAACGUGAGUUCAUGUUUUACCGUAACCCUAGUGCUGAUAUGUUGCUUGAGGAAGCUGAACUUGAUUUAAAUUUGAUAAGGAAGGCAAAAAUCUUUCAUUAUGGCUCUAUAAGUCUUAUAACAGAGCCAUGCAAGUCGGCACACAUUGCAGCAGCAAAAGCUGCAAAGGAUGCUGGUGUCCUCUUGUCCUAUGAUCCUAACCUGAGGCUUCCACUCUGGUCUUCCACUGAAAGUGCCAGAGAAGGCAUACUGAGCAUCUGGGAACUUGCUGAUCUUAUCAAGAUAAGUGAAGAAGAGAUAUCUUUCUUAACUAAAGGAGAAGAUCCUUAUGAUGAUGCUGUCAUUCAAAAAUUGUUUCAUCCAAAUCUUAAAUUGCUUCUUGUCACUGAGGGUGCAGAUGGCUGCAGGUAUUACACCAAGGAGUUCAGUGGGAGAGUGAAGGGCAUAAAGGUGGAUGCUGUGGACACUACAGGUGCUGGGGAUGCUUUUGUAGCAGGAAUAUUGUCACAGCUAGCUGAAGAUUUCUCCUUGCUUCAGAAUGAGGGUGGACUAAGAGAUGCCCUCAGGUUUGCCAAUGCGUGCGGUGCAUUAACUGUGACAGAGAGGGGUGCAAUUCCAGCUUUGCCAACUCGAGAAGCUGUGCUGAAUGCCAUCCUCAAGUUUGUUGCCUAGAGUUUCCUCAAGAUCUAUGCAACCCCAGGUAUAUAAUUUUUAUACCAAUUCUUUAGAUUGGCGAUAAUGCUAAGUGCCAGAAGCUAGCAUAUAAUAUCUAACUGGCCUAAAUAAUUCAUUCACAUCUUCUAGCCAGUUUAUGCUGGAAGUUUUACCAUAAUUUAUUGAGUGUAUUUAUAUCAAAUCGGCCGAUUCUGUCAAUUCCUUGCACUGCACUGUAACUGUUAUGAAGCAGUCUUUGCUGAGAAAACACAAUUGUAAUUUAUGGACAGCAGGAACAUAUGCAGUGCAGACCAUUCUCAUAUGAUGCCAAACAAGUUGUUUUGGUUGAUCUGUUGUUUUUGUAUGAUCAUGAAGCCCACCUGAAAACCAAAUGUUGAUUUCACCCUUUUUGGCCUGCAGUUGUACUAAAGCUGCUCUACUCCAUUUGUCUUGCACCUAAAAGAUAAGAUGGGUGUUGCAAUGUCAUAAAAGGAUCAAAUUGUAAAACAUUUGAUGUAACCAAGAAUUCCCAUUCUCUGACCCUCCUUUAUUUUGCUUUGCUAUGCCUUACUUGGGUCUUGAUUAAUGAAAAGGAUGAAAACUAUUUAUGCGA